AUGCAGUACAAAUUCUUCACCGCUCUCCUCCUCACUUCUGCCCUUUCCUCCGCGAUGGGCGCUGAGGUCCAGAAGAAGGACAUCAUUAACACAUCUAUCGUCAACGACAUCAACUCUGCUGGCAACAAUGUCGGCUCUGCCUUUGCAACUGUGACCUCCGCCAUCGGCGGCGUCACCAGCGUUGUCGCCGCCUCCAGCCUCCGCUCCGACGCCGCCUCCCUCGGCUCCAGGGCCUCCAGCGCCGCCUCUGCCUUCACCAGCGACAUUGCCUCCGCCGCCUCCGCCGCCUCCGCAAGGGUUGCGUCCGUCAGGUCUGACAUCCGCUCCGACCUCACCGCGUGGACCACUGUCGUCGGAUACACCUCUGUCCUGUCGGGCAUUGAGUCUGCUGCUACUGCUGGUACUGCUGCCGCUGCCAGCUACAUCUCCGCCCUCCCAUCGAGCAUCGAUGCGUCUUUCCGUUCUGCGGCUGCUUCGGCGCUGAGUAGUGCGGCGUCGCAGGUUGCUGCUACUGGUACUGGUGCGGCGGCCAGCACAACUGCUGCUCCCGGUGCCGCCAGCAAGGUUGGUCUUGGUGCCAGCGUUAUGGGUGCUGCGGCCGUGUUGGCUGUUGCUCUUGCGUUGUAG